AUGAACAACGAAAUCGAAUUGGUUCAACUUUGCAUAAACGCAGCUUGCAAAACCAAACAAACCGUUGACAAAUGGCGCUUACAGAGACGCUCUCUCGAUCGCAUACCUUCUCAUCUCGCCGACGCUCUCCUCCGCCGCCUCAUCACUCGCCGCCUCCUCCACCCCUCCCUCCUCGAGGUUUUCAAACACAGUGCGGAAGAGAUUGAUUUGAGAGGCGAAAACGCCGUUGAUGCAGAAUGGAUGGCCUAUUUAGGAGCAUUUCGUCAUUUGCGCUAUUUAAAUAUUGCAGAAUGUCACCGAGUCAAUUCUUCAGCUCUUUGGCCUACUGCAGGAAUGAAUAGUCUUAAAGAGUUGGAUCUAUCUAGAUGCGCGAAAAUUAAUGAUUCUGGAAUUAAUCAUAUACUUUCCAUUUCUAAUUUGGAAAAGUUGCACAUUUCGAAAACUGGUGUUACUGCCAAAGGAAUUAAGCUACUUGCUUCGCUAAAAAACUUGUCUCUUCUUGAUUUGGGUGGUUUGCCGGUGGAUGAUGCGUGUUUAGCUUCGUUACAGGUACUGGAAAAUCUUCAACAAAUUGAACUCUGGGGUAGUAAAGUAUCAAACGAAGGCGCUGCCCUUCUUAAUACGUUCCCCAAGUUAACCCAUCUAAAUCUUGAUUGGACCAGCGUCACAAAACUGCCUAAUUUAUCGACUCUUGAAUGCCUCAAUAUGAGUAAUUGUACUAUUGACUCUAUUCUCAAAGAUGAUAAAUCUCCUUUGACAAAGCUUAUUUUCUCUGGGUCUAAAUUCCUGAAUGAAGCAGAAACCCUAUUGUACGCAAAUACAAAUUUCUUGUCCUUUCUAGACUUGGCCCAUACUGGCCUUGACAAAUUCUUCUUUCUAAGUAAACUGAAAGUAAUAGAACAUCUCAAUCUCAGCUCAUGUAUGAUGGAUGAUGAUUCAGUUGAGAUGGUUGCAUGUAUUGGUGGAAAGUUGAAAAGUCUGAAUCUGAGUGGUACUUGGGUUACCUCUGCUGGAGUAGGGAUUUUAGCUGGACAUGUUCCCAAUCUUGAAAUUCUGUCACUAUCUCAAACAUCAGUGGAUGAUACUGCCUUCUCAUUUAUCAGCAUGAUGCCUUCAUUGAAGGAUGUUGAUCUGAGCAGUACAAACAUUAAAGGGUUUUUGAACCAGGGAAGUAAUGACUUGGAGUCUCUCUCUCUAACGACCAUACAAAAUCUUAAACAAUUAGAAAGGUUGAAUUUGGAGCACACUCAAGUCAUCAAUGAAGCUUUAUUCCCUUUAUCAAGCUUCCAAGAGCUGAGAUAUUUAUCUCUUAAAAGUCCUUCACUUGCAGACAUCUCACUUUACCAUCUAUCAUCAGUUCCCAAAUUGACAAAGCUAAGUAUCUGUGAUGCGGUGUUGACAAAUUAUGCUCUUGGAAAGUUUAAGGUUCCUGAAACUCUCAAACUAAUGGACCUCAGAGGUUGUUGGCUCUUAACAAAAGAAGCUAUCUUAUCAUUCUGUAGAAAUCAUCCACAAAUUGAAGUAAGGCAUGAACUUGUUACGGUACUUCCCUUUGAAGAAAAUGGACGUCAUCAUCAUUCAUCUCCAUCUCGAUUAACUUCAAGAACUAUGCAAGCAACUAGGAAGAAAGAACAAACGUCCUUAUCUCCAUCUUUUGUAGAUCAAAGGAUGAAAUAUAGCAGAGAUGAGUUACUUGCAUUACAGUUUAUGUCUUUGCCUCUUGCAUCCAGUAGUGAGAGGGACAACUCAAUACUUGAGAAGCAAUUGGAUUCAAUGUGCAACUCGUCUGCAUGA